GGGUAAUAUCUUUCCGCUUGUCCCUGAAGGCCGCACCGGGCCUGCAGCUUCGGCCUCCUGUGGAUAUCUCUGGAUCUGUCAAACAGGCUCUUCCGGCACCGGCUCCGAACCUCCUCCGGAGGACAGCCCGGUGUCUCCGUGCAGGUGAAGACUGUCCCCUCCUGCAUGACAGAGACAACCGGCUCCAUUUCCCAGCUUUAAGAACAGACAUGGCUGAGCUGUGGCUGCACCGGCUGAGCUGCGGUCCUCCGCCACCCGACAGGUCGACGCGUUUCUCCGUCAGACGAGCCUCUUCCUGGGCGGACUGGUCUGUGUGUUAGUCACAACAAGAGGGCGUCCACAUUCCUUAUCUGCUGUUCCCUUUAAACAGCAAAGUCCCGAGGAGGAGCAACCACUCACCCCCCACCCCCCUCCACCUCAGUCCGGUGUUUAUCAGUGAACAGCAGCGGAAGCCUGGGACACGAGUCCGGGACAGACGAGAGCAAACAUGUUCGAGACCAGAGGAAUCCCCUUUGUCCUGCUCGACGUAGCCUGUCUCAUCCUGGGAGGUCUGCCUCUGGCAGCCUUUAACCUGGGUAAGAUCCGCCCCUACCAGAGGGGCUUUUUCUGUAACGACGACAGCAUCAAGUACCCGUUCCACAGCAGCACUAUCACCUCCACAGUUCUCUACACUGUGGGCUUCACUCUGCCCAUUAGCUGCAUGAUCAUUGGCGAGUGCCUUUUAGUUUAUCUAACUCGCAUCAAAUCCAAGUCGUCUUUUGGCAGCUACAUUGCUUCUGUUUACAAAGCCAUCGGUACCUUUCUCUUUGGUGCCGCCAUGAGCCAGUCUCUGACCGACAUCGCCAAGUAUUCCAUCGGCCGGCUCAGGCCACACUUCCUGGACGUUUGCAGGCCCAACUGGGAACUUAUCAACUGUUCAUCAGGGGCUUAUAUCGAAGACUUCACAUGCACUGGAGACCCGACAAAGGUCAACGAGGGCAGGUUGUCCUUCUACUCGGGCCACUCCUCAUUCUCCAUGUACUGCAUGUUGUUCCUGGCUCUCUAUCUGCAGGCUCGACUCCAGGUUGAGUGGGCGAGGUUGCUGAGACCCACAAUCCAGUUCUUCCUUAUCGCUGCGACAGUGUUCACGGGAUUGUCCAGAGUGUCUGAUUACAAACACCACUGGAGCGACGUGCUGACUGGACUCCUGCAGGGGGCCCUCAUGGCUUUACUGGUGGUCUUCUUCGUGUCUGACUUUUUCAAGCCACAUGUGGAUUCCCGUAAAGAGGACAUGUCGCACACGACCCUGCAGGAGACCCCGACUAACGGAAACCACUUUGAGAGUCCGAACUAAGCGAGAGGUGAAGGAGGAAACCUCUGCUCUGUCCAUACGCACACCCAGGAUCCCAGCUCUCUAGCCUGUCAUCGCACGCAAAUUCUCUUCAUCGUACCCUGCAUGGAUUCAGUAUGGAGUACUUGAUUUCUGUUUUUUUUUUUUUUUUGGUUAAGUAAGCUAUCGGAUGACUGUGCAAACCAGAAGAAACAUUAUUUUUAAAGCUACACCUCAGGCCUGUUUAGAUUUUAAGACUUCUAUGAUUUUAGACAAUUUGCCAUCUUGUCCUCUGAGUUUCCAUCUGAGGGAAGUGGGGAGAACACCCUGGUAGAUUUGUAAAAGAUGUAGGUUAAAGACUAGAGGUCCUGUAAAGACAGGAACCAUCGAUCUACUGAGCCAGUGGGAAGACUUGCCUGCAUGCACUCAACUGUAAAGGGUCUGACCACUGCUGGGGGGAGAGAGAGGGGGGGAGUUUAGAAACCUGUGAAUGUAUCCUGCUUUGUGCUUUUCCUGACCUGGAGUCAGUCUGCUCACAGAUCUGAUUUAGGGUCACUUUUAGAAAACAUCCAGCUCCUGGAGACACGGAAGAAUCUUUAAUGCCUUGUUAAUACAAAGGGCUAAUUAUGAAGAGUAUGAUUCAACGUGACAACAGGCUGGAGGCUAAAGCUCAUCCUAGACCGGAGGGCGAGACCCUUCUCAUGUGGAGCAGCUGACUCCAGACCCAUUCUACCGCUGACUCUUUAGCUGACUAACACCAGGCAGCAGAGGAGGAAGCUUGUGUUUUGUUAGAGAGCUGAAGAAUCAACGGUCGAUUUUUAAAUCCUGUGUUGCCUUUGCUGGACUGCUGCUGCUAUCACAGCUUCCUGAGUAUCUAUGAUCUGAUAUAGACAUCAAGUGAAUAAACAACAAUGUACUUUUUGUAUAAUCUGUAUGUAAAAACAAGUCAACACACAGACUUUUAUUGAGAAUAAAUGUUACAAAUAUGUACAGACGUCCAAAGAAAGAAAGAAAUCUCACUUAACAUGAAAACCAGUGAAAACUAAAGUGUUGGAAGUAUAAUGUUUUGAGUCGUCACAUAAUUAAAGCAUGAUUUGUUUUCUUUGACA